AUGGCCAAGGAGAGAUGCCUCAAAAAGUCUUUUCAAGAUAGUCUUGAAGAUAUAAAGAAACAAAUAAAAGAGAAAAGGAGUAAAAAUUUGACAGAGAUUAAACGAAAGUCUUUGACCAUUGCGCCAUGCCAAGCAAUCACCAACACUUCCAAAGUGCUAAGCUAUGAAGACAACAACAGAAUGUUAGCCUUAGCUUUGGAAAAUGAAAAGUCCAAAUUGAAAGAAGCCCACGAUGUCAUCUUAAAGCUGAGGAGAGAAUGUUACUUCCUCAGCUAUCAGCUGUACACACUGAAAAAUAAACUUAUGUCACAACAGACAGAAGAACCUGCUCAGAACCUAGAAUUAUGUCCCUCUGGAAUGGACUCCAAAAGUGGAAUGGACUCCAAUAAUGACAGCAACUCCAGAGAUUUAUUUGUGAAGCAUUUACCGCAAGUUCUUGAGGAUGCUGACUGUCCAGGACAAAAAGAAUCAUUCCAAGUGGAAGAGCCAGUACCUACUGUUUCUCAAGACAGACCAGGAUUUGAUUUGGAUUCAAGUGCACUGCCUGAAACUCACCAGUCGCCUCAUUUUAGCCUGAAGGAUAUCACGAAUGUCCCUUUGUAUCCUGUGAUGAAAACCAGAAAGCUCUCUCUUUCUCCAAAGAAGAACGUCGAAAGCCCACCAGUGUCUUUACGUAAACGCCGGUGCACCGCCGCCAUCGUGAACUAUAAGGAACCGACGCUCGCUUCGAAGCUGAGGAGAGGGGACCCUUUCACAGAUUUGUGUUUCUUGAAUUCGCCUAUUUUCAAGCAGAAAAAAGAUUCCAGACACUGUUCUAAAAAAAAAACGUGAAGCAAGUACAA